UGCGUCCCGGAAGUAGGAGGCACAUGGUUUCCGGGUUGUGCCCGCCGGCGAUGGCGGGGCUGUACCGCACGGUCGGUAUCUUCGGUGGUUUCGUGGCCGUGGUGGCGGCGGCUUUUUACCCUAUCUACUUCCGGCCGCUGCUAAUGCCGGAGGAGUACAAGAAAGAACAGUCAAUAAACCGAGCUGGGGUUGUUCAAGAGGAUAUUCAGCCUGCAGAAAAGCCUGCCAUCAGCAUCAGGGGAAAACCAAAUAGGAUUAAUGCCAUGUCAUUACUACACGUAUCAGUUCAAUCAUUGGUGCAGGACUUAUUUUCCAGGAAAGUGGUGAAAUGCUGAAGAGGAGUAGGAAGGGUAUUGCAAAAUAGAAGUCAGGGUUAAAAGUAUGGUCUGAUCCAUUUGGAAGAAAGUAAUGUUGGCGGCUGGGUGUAUUGCAAGGCAAAACUGAAGAUGGACAUCUUCAGCCAUUUCUUCUUUCACUGAACUCUGUCUUUGGGUGUUGCUGGAGAAGAAUUCUGAAUAUGUUGUGUGGGCACAUGAGGAGCAACAAAGGCUACUGCUUGAAGUCCUAAGAGAUAAACUCAUGCUAGUUUUGACAGAGGAUACUGGGACAUAAUGCACAGACUGUAGAGAGCUGUAUGAUUCUUGAGAUUAGAAGUAAAAUAUUUGUUUCUGUGAGAAAAGGGAAGAGCAUUUUUUUGUUAAUAUGUAGACACUUGUAGAAUAAAUUGUGACUAGAAUAAAUCAUGCAGACACUGCAGUUUUCUCCCUAGUUUGAGAAUUAUUUUUUGUGGUUUUAUUACGAAAACAUGAUAAAAGUAUAUACUGAGAGAGAUCAGUGCAGAAAAUGUAACAAGGUGAGUGUACAUUUGUACAUUAAAAUUUCUUCCUUUUAAA